UUCCGCGCUGGCCAGGCUUACCGGCCAAGCUUUUUGUUUGUCUUCAAACCUCAAAAACGGAGGUUACUUUUCACGGGUUCUUUUUCCACUUCGCCUGCCCCUUUGUUUGACAGAGCGUGUUUUUUCUUCGCAGCCUGAGACACCGCGCGUGUCCUGAGUUGCCCAUGUCUCUAGCCAGCGCCGAGAUCGCUCGGCAUUUUGUCGGAGAACUGAUCACAUUUGCACCUUCACACCCGCCUGCUUGACGUCUUCCAAUUGCAAGUCUGUCUGCGCUUCCGUUUUAUGUGUGGUAGUGGAAUUUUCAGCCGUUGCGUCAGAAGUUUUGGGGUCUCGCGUUGUCCCGAACAGAAACUCUGCCCUCACACUGAAUACAAAACCAAAUGACGGCUCCUUCCCAGAUCGGCAGCUACUGAACGCCAGUUUUGAGUCGUGCACCUGUUUCCAGUGCUGCAGAAGUGCGCCCCUCCCAGAUUACCGUCAAAUAUACACAUCAUGGAGGAUUUGUCAAACGCUAUGUUAGCUCGCCUCCAGGCGCUGAAAGAGGAAGGAAAUGCGGAGUUUAAGCGGGGCAAGUUCGAGUCCGCGAUCGAAGCGUAUUCGCGAUGCCUGGAUGAUGCCUCAGACACUCUGGAUAAAGAACCAGACGUCCUGGGAGGCGCGUGUGCGGCCAGCCUCUCUUCCUCCGACUCUCAGGUCGCAGAACCUCGCAAAGAAAGCCCUGCCAUUCUGAAGCGCGUGGCCGAACUGAAGGCGCAAAUCCUGUGCAAUCGCGCCCUGUGCUACCAGCGGACGAAGCAGUUCGCGGCGGCCGAGGCGGACUGUACGCGCGCCAUCGCUCUCCACCCGGCCUACGUGAAGAGUUACUACCGACGCGCGGUUGCGCUGGACGCCCAGGGAAGGCGUAAAGAGUGUGUGGAGGAUCUGCAGACGUGUCUGCGCCUGCAGCCUGGAAACAAGGAGGCGCAGGAGAUGCUCGCGGGGGUUCGCGACAAGGUGAUGAAGGAGGAGGAGACGCGCGUCGAAGAGCAGCUGCCCGAGAACCUGCUGACUGCCGGCCUCAACGACGUGCUCACGGCCUCGAAGCGAGUCGCCUCCCUUCGCCAACUCGGCGCCUUCGUUCAGGAGCGGAAGCUGCGGCGUCAGUUCCUUCGAGACGGCGGUCUGCGACGCGUUGCCGUUGCCCUGAAGAGCCAAAUGGACAGUGAGCUCGAGGGCAACGGCCAGCCUCACCGGUCGCUCGAGUCUCUUCCGGAGACCACGGCCUCGGACCCCGUGGCUUCUGAAGAGAGCAAAAGCAGCGCAGACGCCGUUCUCCCCGUCAGCGUCGAAGCAGCGUGCUGGGAGUUGCUCUUGUCCGUCGUCCAGCAGCACCAGGCGGACGACGAAGACGACGCAAACAAGGCUCUGCAGACCUCUGUGGAGGCCGUGAACGCGCCGCUUCAGGUCGACGCGCCGGUCCUCGAGUGCCGCCAAGCUCUCUCCGGCCUCUGGACUCCCAACGACUUCCUCGUGCGUCUGCGGCAGCUCCUGCGUGCAGGCGUCGCGCGCUCCGACGGCCUCGCUGCGACCGCCGCGAACGAAGAAGCUGGGAAACUGCGGACCGUCUGGCGCGGCGAAGCCUGUGACAGGCUCCUGCGCACGAUGGGCUGCGUGGUGCAGCUGCAGGCGGCGCAGUUCGACGAGGACGCCUCCUUCCUCGAGGCCUGCGCCGCCGGCCUGGAGUGUAUAGACUCCCGAGAGGUCCAGCGCGCGGCUGUCGCGGCGCUUGUGGGCGUCGCAGACGCGCGGCGCCGCCUGGGCGGCAGAGUUGCGGCCGUGCGGCUGCGGCAUGGACUCGAAAAGUGUCUCGAGGACGCCUUGCAGGUCGUCUCGGACGCAGAACACGAACUCGCGGGCGAAGACGCUCGCUCUCAGCUGGCCACCGCGUCCAAGAAAAGCGACAGACUUGAAGCGGUGAGUCGUCUACAGGGCCAGACCGAGUACUUGAUCAUCACGCUAAUCGCUCUUCUCGCAGACAAAGACCGCGGCAAGGAGGAGCCUCCCGACAUGAGUCGCCUGGUCGACCAGCUGCUGUCGCCGUACUUCCGGCCGUGCGCAGACCCCGAGGAGAGCGUCGUCACCCUGACAGUUGGGUUGAAGGCGCUGCGUUUGAUUCUGACUGCGGCGCGCGAAGUUGCGCGGGCGUACCUGAUUUCCGCGUCUUCGAUUCUCCCCUACCUCCUGGCUGCCGCCGCGGGCGGUGUAGGUACAGCGCAGAGCGGGGCCGCGGGGACUGCAGCGCAUCGGCGCCAGCAGGAAGCUGCAUUGGAGGUCUUGCUGGCCUGCAUGGAUUUCCCAGAACUGCGUGCGACGUUGCUCGAGGCGAACGCGGUGCCGGUCUUCGCGAAAGUGUGCAGCGAGAGCGCGAAUGUCGGGUGUUGGAUGAGGGCGCGUCUGGCGGCUGCACUCGCUCGGCUGUCUGUUCACGACGAGGACGUCCGGAUCCAGGUAUUUGACUCGAUCGACUUCUACGACGUCCUCGAUGUGCUCGUGUCGGAAAUUCGCGCGGCAGGUGGCGACGGCCGCCAGGUUGCGGAGCCGAGCACCGAAGCCAAGAACGCGCAGAAAGGCCAGCCGAUGGCUGUUGGAGAGGAGACGUUUCGGUUUCUGCUUGAGAUCUUCUUCUUCCUCAGUCUCCACGGCGACUUCAAAGCGCGGCUCGUGACCGGGAAGAAGGGCGCGAGGGUGCUGCGGACGCUCCUGCAAGUUGCGAACGGGGCUGGGAAAAAAGGCGCUUCUUCGAGUCUGACGCGGUAUCUCCUUCUCCAGAGUCUGUGCAACAUCAUGCGGUCGCGAGAAGACCGACAGAGACAGCGGAGAAGGAAAGGCGAGGUCGGAAGUCCACUUGCAGACGUUGAUGACGAGCAGCUGCAGCAGCUCGAGGAGUUGUUCAAGAAGCUGCCGGAAGGCGCGAAGCCGGCUGCGAACGGCGAGGUCGAUCUCGGAGACAAGGCCCUCGCAACGCAGCUCCGCGACAUGCUCCUAGACCUGAACGUGGUUCAUGCAAUCGCCGUGAACGUCUGCGCGACCCCGCCGCCGUCUUCCAACGUCCUGUGUGCCGCGGCGCAGGCGCUGAAGUUCCUUUGCGAGGACUCGCGGCACCGAGGCAGAGCUGUUCAGGAGGGGGGCAUUCGGACGCUCUUGGUGGCCGCGAGUGGGCUCGAGGAAUUCCCAGACGACCAGAGGAACGCGCGACAAGCUGCGGCGCAGCUCUGCAUCACCACCAACCCGGCCCUGUUCUCUUACCGCGAGAGCUUAGACCUCGUCCCCUGCCUCGCGCCGCUUCUCAAGGACCGCCACGAGUUGCUGCAGUACGAAGGCGCGCUCGCGUUGACGAAUCUCUGUGCCCUCAGCGAGGAGGUCCGCAUGCGUGCGUGGCUCGGCGGCGUCUGGGAAGGCUUCGAGGACCUCAUGUUCGGGGAGAAUGAGUUGCUGCGCGCCGCGGGGUUGGAGGGAUGGUGCAACUUGUCGGCCUCGCCGACGGUCCAAGCGGAGAUCGGGAAGAAGAUGGAACGUUUCGCGGCGGAGAAACAAGAAGUUCAAGAUGUGAAACUCUUGCUCGCGUUCACGCGGGAAACGAACAACCCUCGUGCGCAGUCCGCCGCCGUCGCGGCUCUCGCGAUGCUUCUCGCGAACGAGAAGGUCGCGCGCUGUCUUCCGGCCUACAGCCUCUUUGGCAACCUCGCUUUGAGCCUCGAGGAAGCGAAGGCCGAGCAGGAAGCUCUGAUCGUGAGGUGCGUCUCCGCCCUCUACAACGUCUGGAUCGAGUUGAGCAGUUCUGAGGCGGGAACUGAGACCCGCAUGCAGAUCGUGAAAACCCUGCAGAGAAACCAACAAAAACUCACUGGAGACGCGCAACACCUCGCCAAGGAAGUCCUCACGGCAGAACUCUCCCAAACAAACACACACACGAAAGAAUCCACCCCAGACUCAAGCUAAUUUUUACACUUUGCAGUCGACACAUGCACAAAUCUCCACCUCUGCACCGAAACAGAUAUAGGUAUGUACGUAUGUAUGUGUGUAUGUGUGGACGUUCAUGUUGUGGUAGGGAUGGAGUGUGCUUUUUGGAGGUUCGGCUGAUUUGUCAACGACGCUGGACGCUUUUGAAAACGUGUGUCUGUGCUGAAAAUUGUGACGCCUUGGAGGGGAAGCAGGGAAAUCCAGCUUGAGGAACUGUAGGAUCAGUGGCAGCGAGCUGCGUGGCUGCUCCUGACCGAAAGGGAUUUUUGCAGAAUGUGGAAUCUUUCUGAAACAUCACUUUUCGCUAGAUCCGCAAUUUCAGUGCCAGACGCUGCAGUCCCUGUGGCUCGUGGUGGUGUCUGUUUUAUCAAAAAGGCGGAGGAACAACAGAUCUGUCUUAGCUGCGCCAAAGUUUUUGAAGGAUUACGUCAGCCAGGAAUCCAUAUCAGGUCGGAAACCGGGAACUUUCGGUUCAAGAAACAAGAUCCUGCCGUUUUGGCCACUCGUCUCCUGAGGAAGUGAUGUUUUCUGAAGCAUUU